AUGGACGAGCACCUCAGCCUCCUGCACUCGCCUCCGCCGUCCUCCACCAGACACCGCACCAACAGCAACAUCGUGAACCCGGGCUACACGGACGAGAUCAUGACGGUGGUGGCGUGUGACAACGUCCUCGAGGAGGCGGCGGCGCUGCCGGGCCACCACUCCUCCGAGGCGUACGAGCAGGACGACCACGAGUGCUGCGAGCGGGUGGUCAUCAACAUCUCCGGCCUGCGCUUCGAGACGCAGCUGAAAACUUUAGCGCAGUUCCCGGACACGCUGCUGGGCGACCCCAAGAAGCGGAUGCGUUACUUCGACCCCCUGAGGAACGAGUACUUCUUUGACAGAAACCGCCCGAGCUUCGAUGCCAUCCUCUACUACUACCAGUCCGGGGGCAGAAUCCGAAGACCCGUCAACGUGCCCAUAGACAUUUUCUCCGAGGAGAUCCGCUUCUACGAGCUGGGCGAGGAGGCAAUGGAGAAGUUCAGGGAGGACGAGGGCUUCAUCAAGGAAGAGGAGCGCCCGCUGCCCUCCAAUGAGUUCCAGAGACAAGUAUGGCUGCUCUUCGAGUACCCGGAGAGCUCGGGUCCAGCCCGGGGCAUCGCCAUCGUGUCAGUGCUGGUCAUCCUCAUCUCCAUCGUCAUCUUCUGCCUGGAGACCUUACCGGAGUUCAGAGACGACAAGGAGUACAAUGGGCCGGUGUUACCACCUGUUAACGGCACCGGCCCCUUGCUCAGCAGCUCCUUCACCGACCCCUUUUUCGUGGUGGAGACUUUAUGCAUCAUCUGGUUCUCCUUUGAGCUCUUGGUCAGGUUCUUCGCCUGCCCAAGCAAAGCCACUUUCUCCAAGAACAUCAUGAACAUCAUUGACAUUGUAGCCAUCAUCCCUUACUUCAUAACCUUGGGCACUGAGCUGGCAGAGCGCCAGGGCAAUGGGCAGCAGGCCAUGUCCUUGGCCAUCUUGAGGGUGAUCCGCUUGGUAAGGGUCUUUCGUAUCUUCAAGCUUUCCAGACAUUCCAAGGGGCUUCAGAUUUUGGGGCAAACCCUAAAGGCCAGCAUGAGGGAGCUGGGACUGCUCAUCUUCUUCCUCUUCAUAGGUGUCAUCUUGUUCUCCAGCGCUGUGUAUUUUGCUGAGGCUGAUGACCCUUCCUCGGGGUUCAGCAGCAUCCCGGAUGCCUUCUGGUGGGCAGUGGUCACCAUGACUACAGUUGGCUAUGGGGAUAUGCACCCAGUCACCAUAGGGGGUAAAAUAGUGGGAUCCUUGUGUGCAAUUGCUGGGGUGCUCACCAUAGCCCUGCCAGUGCCUGUCAUAGUCUCCAACUUCAACUACUUCUACCACAGGGAGACUGAAGGAGAGGAACAAGCCCAGUACCUCCAUGUGGGAAGCUGCCAGCACUUGUCCUCUAAUGAGGACCUCAAAAAGACCCGUAGUAAUUCCACCCUCAGCAAAUCAGAGUACAUGGUCAUAGAAGAAGGGGUGAGCCCUGGACCCUUCAAGCAGCCCAGCUUUAAGACUGCCAACUGUACCACCAACAACCCCCCCAACUGUGUGAACAUCAAGAAGAUCUUCACAGAUGUGUAG